AUGGCUGCCGCGGAUUUCCACAACGGAUAUGCCAACUUCGACACGGAGUCUCUGCGUUCAUUCACAUCUACUUUCCCUGACGAUUAUCACGACUGGGCUAAUGAGUCUGGACGACAACCACGGUGGGUCGUUCGAAGUAAAACGAAAAGAGCUAAUAGAAAUACAUUUAGCAACGACCGGCUCCUCAGUGACUUCCCUCGCCCACCUGGUCAUCCAAACGGCAUCGAUUCCAUCAUAGCCUCACCUUCUCCAUUACCUUCACCCAUAUUUGAAGAGCCUCCAAUUCUCUCACCAAGCCGAGCAGAUGGCCUUGAUGCUAUUACUGAAGAAUCGGUGCAUCUGACCCCCAAACCUUCAAUCAAGAAUAUGCAGCGCAGCUUCGCCCUCAAUAACGCCACUGAACUGCCUCUUCUCCAACAGCCUAAUCCUUUUGAUGGAUCUGAGGAGUUCAACCCUGUCAACGAAAACGAAGAUAGUGCUUCCUAUGAUCUAAUUGCACCUUACGGGGGCGGCGAUGCUCCCCUCCACAAGCUCGAGCGUAUCGCAGACGUGAUGUUUUCGUCGAAUCAUAUGUUGAAGAUCCUGAAUAAUCCGCGCUACCUAGCAGCAUUCCGCGAGUUUCUGCUGGAGGAGCGCCCACGCUCCAUGGCUACUCUGACCUACUACCUAAACGCGAACAAGGCCCUCAAAGCAAUUGAGUAUGCGAACGCGCUCGUUCGCCUCUCUGUUGAUGUUCCGCCGGUGGAAGUUAAGAUCGGCGAGGGCAGCGUGGGAGUAACAUCGAACAAGGCCUUGGAGCAGCGUGUCCAGGACGGACUGAAUGCAUUGACCGCGGAGGAACUGCCUGCUUUCGUUACCUCAAAAUGCAUCACUAUCACAAGCAGAAUCGUCGAAGAGCGAGUCAGGGGAACUCUGCCAAUGAAAUUUCAGGGGACCUCGGAUGCCCUGGCCGAAGUUUUUUGCUUGACUGAUCCAUCACGGCCAGAUAAUCCUAUUAUAUUUGCGUCUGAAGAAUUCCAUCGAACAACCCAAUAUGGCAUGGACUACGUUCUAGGUCGCAACUGUCGCUUUCUCCAAGGUCCUCAGACCAACAAGAACAGUGUUCGCCGGAUAAGAGAGGCAAUCCAAGCAGGUUCGCACCAUUCAGAAUUAUUUCUCAACUAUCGUCGUGAUGGUUCCCCUUUUAUGAAUCUUCUUCAAUGCGCACCCCUAUGCGAUAGCCAAGGCAAAGUUCGGUAUUUUAUUGGUGCUCAAAUUGAUGUGUCAGGACUGGCAAUGGAGGGUGGACAGAUGGAAUCGCUGCUUGAUCUUCAAUCAAAAUAUCGCGACCCUGAUGAGGAGAGCAUUGCAGGACGAGAAGAAGAAGAAGAAGAACCAAAGUUCAAGGACGAGUUCCAAGGGUUGAGCGAACUAUUCAGCCCCCGUGAGCUCGCUACAGUACAGGACAAUGGCGGCGAUCUAUUCCAGCCUCUCAUAAAUAGCCGAACUAACGCGCGUAAUCAGCGCAAGUGGAUGCGAACAGGAUCGUCGAUGGACAGUGAUCCGGAGGCCAUGCGUGUGCGUAAUGUCAAGUCGCCGUUAACACGCGGGUCAUUGACUGGUGCUUAUGAGAAUUAUCUCCUCGUUCGGCCUUAUCCAUCUCUCCGCAUUCUCUUCACAUCGCCUUCGCUCCGAAUCCCAGGCAUGUUACAGUCUUCUUUUCUUUCUCGCAUCGGCAGCUCGAAGGCUGUGAGAGAAGAGCUUGUCCAAGCUAUGAUGAGCGGCCGGAGCGUGACUGCUCGUAUCAAAUGGGUCACCCGGUACAAUGCCGAGGGUCGCAAUCGAUGGAUUCACUGCACCCCUCUACUUGCAAGUAACGGACAAGUGGGUGUGUGGAUGGUGGUUGUCGUUGACGAUGAUGAGGAGCAGGUUAUCAAUUGGAGAGGGAGUUAG